AUGCUCGCACUCAAUCCUCGUUUUGCCAUUCUCGCAACCUUCUGCAGUCUCGCUGCUGUCACUCUGUCCCCCGUGUCCACCGUCGCCAUCGCCGUUAAUCCCCGCCAUUCUGAAGCAAAGGAAGCCACGACGUCUGUUCAUCACCAGAAACAGCCAACCGUUCCCUUGCCUGCCGCCACGUUGAGGAAGUCCAAGUCAGCCGCAGCUAAGAAAGGAGCCAAGAAGACUAGCGCUUCCGCGGGCGAGAAGCACAAGUCUGAUGGUGGGAGGUUCAAGGUGCGCGACUUCGUAGUGGUCGAAGCAAGACGUCACCGUGGAUACGGGAAGAUCAUUAUUGACAGCAAGCACGGCAUCUGGGUCGGGCCAGAUCGCCACUCAAACUACGGCAGAGAGCUCGAAAAAGUCAUCGUCAAAGGGAAGGACGCGCAUAUACACGUCGAAGACCACGAUCACAGUUGGCCGCACGGCGAAAAGAUCAUCGUCAAAGGCAGCAAUGCACACGUACACGGGCGGCGGUCGAUUGCCGUUCUUGACGAUCAGCAUAUAGGGCCUCAGGCGACCUUCAAGGUCAGGAGAGACGAUCAAGCCGCGCCGGUGCCAGGAACAGUCCUCAUCAUGAGUCCCGUUUAUAACUCGAGCGAUCGCGAGAUUGCGGCCCUAUAUAUGGAUACUUCAACCGAUGAGUAUGUAUUGAAUGCAUCGGAUACGCAGCGGACGGCUUUGUCUCUGGCCAAGGCUUCGAUUCCAUCUUCGCAGAACAGUGAGGAUUCCGACGUAGCAGUCUUCCUCCAGACGAUGAUCUCUUCGAACUCUUCGAGCACUCCUGUCCCACACUGCGCGACCUAUGACCCGAAUCCAGCACAGGCCGAGCCCAUGAAGAUGACACCUUGCGACAACACAACCACGGCUGACGCUCACAGAAGUCAAGUUUUCGCUUAUAAUGAGCGUACUGGCGCUAUCCGCCCAAUGACGCUCCUGGAAGACGAAGGACCAAACAAUGCGACAUCCCCGUCUGCGCCUUCAAACGAUGAUAACUCCUGGAACAGUACGGCCGCCUCCAAUGGAACGACGUCGUCCAACAGCACUGCUCCCUCGAACGGCACAACCUCCGCGGCUACCGCAAGCUCUACUCCCGGAACUUUUGGCAGGAUAGAUGCCGCGUUGACCGGAUCUCAGAACGUGAUACUCAAGUUUGUCCCAGACGAUGUGAUGGUCGAGGAUACCCAGGACCCUGCUUCGAAUGGAACAAUGACGACUACAACAGUCACGGUGACAAACACAGCGUCUGAAUCUGCCUCGACCCAGUCUCUCUCCGCGGCCGACGUCACGAGUGCCACCGAUGAGCCAGUGUCUUCAACAUUAUCUUCUGGAACUCUCACAGCAAGCGCUGCCAGCGGUUCGUCGACGACAGACGGUGCCUCUCCAUCGUCAACAUCUGCAGGUGCGCUCAAGGUCGAAGUCAUCAGUCCCAGUGACUCAUCAUCGGCCUCGACAACCCAGUCAACAACGUCGGCUUCAAGCACCACCGUGGCUUCCUCCUCUAUUGAUGCUGCGGCUGUUGCAUCCAGCAUCGCUUCUUCCAAUGCUGCUGCGUCUUCUAGUUCAACGAUCAAUGCAAGCUCAUCGCCUACGUCAGCUCCGACCGCUGUGGCCAUCAGCGGCAGGGAUGGAGUUGCUGCACCGAAGCUUACUCCUGCGAGCACUGCGCCCUACAAGUGGAUGUUCAAAGCGGAGUCCCGGUAGGAGUAGGUCGAUAUUAGCAGUACAGCUCCUGUAAGUAUGAACAUUUUAUGAGAAGGGUUUGCAUAGGGUUAGCUGCGUACCUUGGUUGUACGGUGUGCGAUAUAUUUCUGUGAUGAACGUUCUU